AUGGACCUGAAGCUCGGCAUGGACGAUAGCUUCGACGUCGGCUCCCAGUCCAUGGGCUGCCAGUCAAGCAACACGAGCUUUUCGGAUGUCUCGUCUGUAUAUCACCCAUUCACGCCAAGUUCGGCAUGUUCAACACCACUCCGCCGGUCAACCUCGGCGUUUGAUGCCUCGUUCUCUUCAUACACAGAUUCAUCCUCCUUCGACCUCACACCACCGUCAUCUGCAGUCUCGUCACAAUUCCCAUACGACUUCAAGUCAAGCACACACCAGGACCUCCUUUUCCACGGCAUCCCCAGCACCCCGACCAAGUACAAUGUUAUGCUGGAUGUGGGUCUUGACUCGCACCAUCUCCAUGGCCAGUUGACACCUCCCCACGGCAUGGACUUCUUGCCGUUCUCCAACCUCAAUUCUGCCCCGUUCUCCAGCCCGUGUCACACCCUCGACGGCGAGGAUCCAGAAACCAUGGACCAGUUGUGGUCCCAGAUAUCCGGGGACACCCCGAUAGAUUUCGGCGAGCCGCAGAGACUGCAGUCACUCUACGACCCAAAUGCCAUGGCCCGCUCACAUCAUCACAUGUCCUCGCCAUCAUACAGGGCCCAGCUGGCCAGUUCCCGACGGCACCUUCAGAUAUCUGAGGCACAACAGAAGGCUGCAGCGCUCCAGAGCGUCCAGAAAUCGCCCCGUCUAAAGAACCGUACCCGGCUCAGGAGGACGAGGCAACCGUCCAGGGCUAUCCCGAUAUGCGGCCCUGUCAAGAACAUACCCCCGAGGCAAUUCUACUGCGACCAGGGGUGUUCUGGCAAGGCAUACUCGCGGCAGGAGCAUCUCAAGAGGCACUUCUUGACUGCCCAUAACCCCGAGAAACCCGUGAUCCCGUGCAAAUUCUGCCCCAAGGACAAAAUGAAGAUUUUCGACCGGGCGGAUAACUACAGGCAACACCUCGAGCUUCAUGCCAAACCAGGGAGGAAGGGGAGAGUGGAGUAUCAUCCUUCGGCGGCGAGGGAACUGGCGCAGUUGAAGGCACAGAUCAAGCGGCGGGCGCCACCCAAGGGGAGGAUGAGAGACUCGGUCAAGGACGAGUAG